CGUCACGCCGCAGCCCUUGGCGAAGGAGCAGCAGCAGCAGCAGCAGAAGCAGAGGAGGUUAGAGGACGAAACGAAACCCGGGGAGGCCUGCCGAACACAAGCACCACGCAUUCUCACAAUAAAACUUUCGCAUGUUGAGGAUCCGCAGCAGAGCACGAAGUUCACCGCUGCUGUAUUCGCUGUCCGAUCCGCUCGAAAGCGAGCCGCAAGCGUGACUCCAUGAAAGAUGUCAGAGGAGGUGAUUGUGAUUGCCAAGUGGGACUACUCGGCACAGCAGGAACAGGAACUUGACAUCCGGAAGAAUGAGCGCCUCUGGCUGCUAGACGACUCGAAAACGUGGUGGCGCGUCCGCAACGCUGCCAACCGCACAGGCUACGUGCCAUCCAACUAUGUGGAGAGAAAAAACAGCCUGAAGAAGGGCUCGCUGGUGAAGAACCUCAAGGACACUCUGGGUCUGGGUAAGACUAAGCGGAAGCCGAGCACGGAGGCCGAGUGCCCAUCAAACGGUGUCGGCGCAGGAGCAGAGCGCAUCUAUGAGCUGCACACUGCGGCAGUGGCAAAGUUUGCGUACACGGCAGAGCGUGAUGAUGAACUGAGCCUGGCGAAGGGCGCACGUCUGCUGGUGUUAGAGAAAUGCAGUGAUGGCUGGUGGCGCGGACGCUGCAGCGAUGGCCGAGCCGGCUGGUUCCCCUCCAACUACGUCCAGGAGGAAGAUGAAGACGAGGAAGAGGAUGAGGAAGAUGCGGGUACAGGUGACAGGCAGUGCUCACGAGUAUUGCACAAGGUGCAGACGCUUUACCCCUUCAGCUCAGCCACAGAGGAAGAGCUGAAUUUUGAAAAAGGAGAAAUCAUGGAGGUGUUGGAGAAGCCCGAGAAUGACCCAGAGUGGUGGAGGUGUAAAAACAGUCAAGGCCAAGUGGGUCUCGUGCCCAAAAACUAUGUGACUGUUCUGAAAGAUGGGUUGGCACAAGGAGGAGGGGCCAGCAGUUUCACGGCCCAUUCUUUGCAGCAUCCAGGCCCCGCCUGCACGGGCAGAUUCGCAGGGAAGGAGUGGUACUACGGCGGCGUGACGCGGCACCAGGCUGAAUGCACACUAAACGAGAGGGGAGCCGAGGGAGACUUCCUUGUGCGGGACAGCGAGUCCUCUCCGAGCGAUUACUCCAUUUCCUUGAAGGCGUCGGGCAAGAACAAGCACUUCAAGGUACAGUGCAGCGAGGGCGUGUACUGCAUCGGGCAGCGGCGUUUCAACACUAUGGACGAGCUCGUGGAGCACUACAAGAAAGCCCCCAUUUUUACCAGUGAGCACGGAGACAAGCUCUACCUUGUCAAACCCCUGCAGUGACCUUCCAGCCAAAAAUGAGCCUUGAGAACCUAAAUAGACCUCACUCUGAGCCAAGCCUCCUUACUGUUCUCCUUGGUGGUCAGUUCUCGCCAGCAAGUGGGCAACAGCGUGCCAACGCAAGCAGCCGGGCAGUGACAUCAUCCCUUCUCUUUGAAUCGUUGUCAUUUCCUGUUUACUACUUCAUAUAUUCUGUCAUUGUUAUGCAAAUGCCUGGUAAGAAAUCAAGUAUCGAGAGAUAAUAAGUGGUACACACUUUUGUUUCGGAAGUUUCGAUUCAGAUUUUACACAGCAAACAGACUUAAGUUCACAAGAAGUAGCCUUUUUUUAAAUAAUAUUAUUUGACGGUACAAUAGGGAAUUUUACAUGACAGUGUGUGUAAGAGGAGCUACAGUACAGGACUAUCUAUACGCGUUGUCAAAAAGAGCCGAUUUAUGACACACAGGUACUGACUGCCCCCUGCUGGACACACUCUCUCACACGCACGCGCACACAUACACACACACACAGACAGAGCUGCAUGGACUCACAAGGGAGGUCUGUUUAUGAGAUGAGAUGAAUGUCAAACACUCAACCAAAUGUGCCACACACUCAUUAAGUGUAACACACUCCACAUUAUUCCAACCCCAAAAUGAGGCGUACUAUAUCCUUAUGGGUAUCUCGUAUAAGUACAAGAGAGCUUAUUCUGUACACCCUGUUUAAUUUCCCAGCUUUUUAAAGUAUUUGUCUGAAUGUAAGAGCAUUUUUAUUUAAAUCUGUGUCUAUUUAAACUUAGGUGCAUAUAGGAGGAAUUUACUAAGCACUGUACCAAUGACCGUUAUAUUGGAAAUACAUUUUGUUUAAUUAAACGUUUUGCAAAAUAAUGUUAAAAAUGUCUCAGCCUUUUGUUAUUGAUUGGGUAACAUUUGGAGAACGAGAGUAAAAAAUGACCAUCUUUCAACAUGUUUAGUCAGUUCAGUCCAGAAAGUUUCGCAUAACCUUCACUAUAGACCAGGGGUCAGUUCAAAUUUAGUUUACAUUUAAAAGUAUUUGUCUUGAAUUUGAGAAUAAAAAUACUUCACUUUCCAUUCAUUUUUUUUAAAACAAUGUGUUAUUGUCAUUGAGAUAUUUUUAUUAAACAGGUCAGUUUACACAUCAGUCCAGCGAGAUCUAUGAACAUUCGUGUGUCCAUCUCGAUCAGCUCCCUAGUUCAGUAGGUUGCGAAAUGAUUCAAGUGCUGAAAUGUUCGCUUGCUAAAUAUCCCACAAUGCAUCACAUCGAUGCUACCAUAAUGCCACUGCAAUAUAUUCCCCUACUGGAAAUAACGUCAUAUUUUCUGAUGCCUCUCGGCUUGAAAAAAGAAUGGAGGAGGAGUUCUCGGUCAAGUUCAUCUACAAAUGUCAGUAGCUUCUUAGCGAUGAUGUAGCUCUUACUUAGGUUUGUGAUUUUUAACUUCUAUAUAAAGACUACUUUGUUUAAGUCUAACAACUUUUAAAUGUUUACUUAAAACAAUCCACUAGCUAGAAAUGUUGCAAGGAUAUGUAACAGAACAAUUAAAAUAUUUUUUAUAAUAGAUAUCAGAAAAGAUACCUGCUCUGCUGCUUGUUGUUGAAGCCCGUGGUAUUGAUGUACUUAAUCAUGCCCUAGAAAUAGUGUGACCCCAGUGUGUAGUGAGCUAGGGUCUUCACCAGUGCCUGAACUCUUUUACAUAACAUACAGUCUUCACAAACUAGGAAGCUGAUUGAGACGCACCCUGUGAAUACUGUCCAUUGUCUCUGGUUAUUGAGCUGCUGAUGUACAUACACCAUAAGGCUGGAAUUAUGUGGAGACCUGACCAGUCAUCCCUCAUGUGCUUACUAAAUAUUUCAUUCCAGAUUUGAUCCCUUCUGGGAAGCCUUUUAACUAGAUUUUGGAGUGUGGAUUUCUGCUCCUUUAACCAAAAUAUCAUUAGUGAGGUUGGGUGCUGAGGUUGAGCACGUAUGUUGGAUGAGAAAUCCUUCUGAACAACUGUGUGCUUCCAACUUUGUGGAAACAAAAAUAUGGUGUCCACAUACUUUUAGCCAUAUAAUGUAAAAGCAUAUACAAUGAUCAGGCAUAACAUUAUAACCACCUGCCUAAUAUUGUAUUGGUCCCCCUUUUGCUGCCAAAACAGCCCUGACCCAUCAUGCACUGUGUAUUCUGACACCUUUCUAUCAGAACCAGCAUUAACUUCUUCAGCAGUUUCAGCAACAGUAGCUCGUCUGUUGGAUCGGAUCACACGGGCCAGCCUUCACUCCCCACGUGCAUCAGUGAGCCUUGGCCACCCAUGGCCCUGUCUCCGGUUCCCCACUGUUCCUUCCUUGGACCACUUUUAAUAGAUACUGACCACUGCAGACCGGGAACACCCCACAAGAGCUGCAGUUUUGGAGAUGCUCUGAUCCAGUCGUCUAGCCAUCACAAUUUGGUCCUUAUCAAACUCGCUCAAAUCCUUAUGCUUGCCCAUUUUUCCUGCUUCUAACACAUCAACUUUGAGGACAAAAUGUUCACUUGCUGCCUGUUAUAUCCCCCCCCCACUAACAGGUGCCAUGAUGAGGAGAUAAUCAGUUUUAUUCACUUCACCUCUCAGUGGUCAUAAUGUUAUGGCUGAUCGGUAUAAUUGGCAACAAUCUGCAAUAGAAGAUAUGCUAGAGAAGCUGCUCUGGCUCAUGUUUGGAGAUUACAGUUGCUGACCUACAGCUAGUUUAUCAUUUAUUACACAGUAUUUAUACUAUAUACAUACACGAUUUGAUCCACUGGUAUACUUUGCUUCAUUCUACCUGCUGACUAGUGCAUUGUUUUAUUAUUGUUGUUUUUUAAAGCUUCAUGUACAGGAUUUGUCUGUCACUCUGACCCAGUUGUCUUACUGUACUGACACAGAUCUUAUCAUGCUGUAAUCCACAGUUUACUGUCUGAUCCAGGGAUUUUGUAUUGGGAGACCCAAAUCAUAAUGAUUUCACUAUGAAGGAUUAGGAUUAAGAGAUUAAGAUUGAAAUCAGCGUGUCCUGGUGUUAGACAGACACACAGGAUGUCAUUGCUAUUUUUAGUUGCCUUAAUGUAAGGAACAGUUGAAUAGCAAUUAAUAACUUUCUGUGUACAAGAUCUUAUCUAACAGGAGCAUAAAGAUUCAUUUUGCUAAUUCAGUAUCACUGUUCUGAAUCAGGGCUUCUGUUGGGUAAGUAUAGAGUGUAGUAAUGUAUAUGUGACAAAUAAAGGCUC